AUCAGUGGUUUUGAUACGCCAAUUGCUUGGCAAUCGCAACCACCCGUGUGCUGCAGGUUUUCUUCAUCAUCUUCACACCCAUCCAAAACCUAACUUCAGUACCAAAUACCGCAUCAUCUUCACCGAUUAGAGUGGAUAGCCGUUUCGCUCCGACCCAACUCUUUCAAUCUCUGCGACAGGGACAUGACCACUCCGCAACCCUACUCUCAGAUUCAGAUUCAGUUUCAAAUAUUUUACUUUCAGGUCGCUCAAACCUAUUCGUCAUUAAUAGCCUCAUCAUCUGUUACGAUGCACUUGAUAAAGUUAAAGAUAAACGUAUGUCUGCUGUUUUCUUCUACACAGCACGCUGGUGCCGGACUACCUAUCAGUGGAUAACUCCAAUCUUUGAUGAGUUGCGUGAGCAAUUCCCACAUAUAACAAUGUUUAAGGUUUACACGGAUCAGAAUAUCUCUGGAUCCAUGUUGGACAAGUUGGGAAUUCAGGAUACGCCGACGUUCCAUUGCUAUCUAAAGGGGGAAAGGGUAGAUGAGAUUGCCGGUUAUUCCGUCAGACACUUGAAAAAGAGACUCGAAAAUGUCUACAAUCCAUCUGGGAUGAAGAAAAGGAGAAGACAAGGUAAGGAAGAUGACAAGGAUGGAGGAAUUGUUGAAGUACUUCCUAGUAGGCUUCCUGAAACAUCAAUUCAGAAAGUGAUCUUGGAACUUAAACAAUUAAUUUUUGAUGAAGAUGAUCAGGAAGAUGAUCAGGAAUAUGAUCUGAAAGAUGACCAGGAAGAUGAUCUGAAAGAUGAUCAGAGACAUGAUCAGGACAAGAUGUGGUGGUUUGCAAAAGGGUUGGUUUCAUGUGAAAAGAAGAUGAAGAUCUUUUGUAAAUUGAAAGAUCCUGAAGCCAAGCUCAAAUGGAUUAAGAGGGAAAUGGCUAAGGUUCCUAGGAGGCUUCCUGAAACAUCAAUUCUGAAAGUGUUCUUGGAACUUAAACAAUUAAUUUUUGAUGAAGAUGAUCAGAGACAUGAUCAGGACAAGAUGUGGUGGUUUGUAAGAGGGUUGGUUUCAUGUGAAAAGAAGAUGAAGAUCUUUUGUAAAUUGAAAGAUCCUAAAGCCAGGCUCAAAUGGAUUAAGAGGGAAAUGGCUAAGGAAUGAGCUGGGAGCACCUAUAUUAUGCUUUACGUUUUUUUUACUUGUGUCUGGUUUAAGACUUGUGUGGUGCUGGAUUUGGAAUUUGGCUAAUUUACCUUGUGCUUGACUAUGAGUUAUGUAAUAGGAGUAUGUUGACUGCUAUCAUGUACCAUCAUGCAAUUGUAGUAAAGCUUAUUUAGAUUUUCAAGUAUGCAUAUG